CAUUCAAGGUAUUCUCCCACCAACAAGCUGAGGACGGAAUGCAAACAGGGCUGACUGAGGAAAGGAAGAUAUCCCACAACCCCCUCCUUCCCAGCUCACAUGACUGUGAUUACAGUAAAGGAGGAGUGCGGUGGGACGCAGGCAGGGAGUGAUGGUGAGCACGAUGAAUGACAUUUUUCUGAUUGCGGCACACUGAUCACAUCCAAGAACUCAACUUGUCUGGCCGAGAGUCUUCUUUUCUGGGUUGCAGAUAUGAGGGUGCUACACAGGUGCAUGCUGGGAGUGACCAUCUUGCUGCUGGUCUGCGAGGUCACUAUCAGUCAGCUGUGCAAAUCCCUUAUCACCCUGGUGGAUGGUUUCCACACACUCUUCAUCCUUUUGCACAUGACUCUUCGUCCCCUUCAAGCAGCAAGCAUCAUAAAACCUCCAUUCUCUACUUUGGACUCUUUUGCAUCUCCUCCACAUGCUUCCUCCUCCUCAGCAGCACUUCCAUCCACCCUGCCUGCAGUGCCAUCCAUCAAAUCCCCACCUGAGACCCAGACCGUUGGGUCUUCAGACUGCAGUGUGUCCUACACCCACAGUAGGAUUCAGCCUGUGGGGGCUUUCAUCUCCACUCUCCUCCUGACCUCUUUGUGUCUCUCUUACUUCCUGGAAAUCAGCAAUUUUUCCCUGGAACCACAGCCAGUGCAGCACCCCCUGCUGCUUGUGGUGGUUGGAGCUUUCAGUGUGCUCCAUAAGAUGCUGGUGGUCUGGCAGAACUGGGUUCAACUGCAGGAUGAGAGAGCUGGGGCCAGCAGGCAGACGGAGACCGAAUCUCACCUUGAAGAGAGCCACAACGUCUUGGCUGCAGAGAAAACCAAGGCCAAAGGCCAGGCUGAGCCGGGACAAGUCCUGGGUGGCGUUAGCCACGUCCAAUCGACCAUGGAUGACUCACUCCACAAUAGGGCACUUGUCCUCUGUAACCCAGGAACCUCCAGUGUCCCUGACACUGACUCUCAAACACCACAACAACAGCAGGAAGUCCACCUGCAUGCAGCUGCUGCACAGGAGAGCAGGGACUCUGACGUAGCUAGCGGUUUUGCAGUUUUGAAGGUUUCCAGGUGUGAGAGACAUUCAGAUGACAUCACAGAGAGUCCCAAAGACAACACCUGCAUAAAACAUCUUGACAGUCAAAAUGCAUCUAGCAACUCCCCUGUCUGCAAGUCGUCACACCACAUUGAGAGCACUGUACCAAGCAGCAGGUCUCUCGUCAGUCUCUUGUGGUACGUCCUCAUCAUUCAGGGCCUUUGUACCUCCUUUCUGGCUUUGCUCAUCAGCCUGGGGAUGUUGCUGGUCAGCCCACAGUGCCUGCACCACUCUGGAACCUGUGGCCUCCUGGUUUACCUGGAUCCGGGCCUCUCCCUGCUGGCUGUGAUUAUGCUGAUUUCCACAGCUUUGCCACAGGUGCACAGGUACGGCUUGCUGCUGCUACAGGCCACACCUCCACACAUUUGUGUGUCAGACCUCGGGCGGAGGAUGAUGAGUGUCCCUGGGGUGCAGGCUGUGCACGACCUCCACGUCUGGCAGUUAACUGACUCCUUCUUGGUGGCCUCUGUACACGUACACUGCCAUGCUGGGUUUCCAGUGCACAGGUGUGAUGAUCUGAUGUCGGGGGUCACAAAGGUGCUGCAGAGUGUAGGAGUGAGCUGCUGCACCGUUCAGCCAGAGUUUGCCUCCUGCUCUGGGUCCUCUGCGGGCAGUGAGGGGGACACCUCACCUGUCGUGCAAAGAGUGGACCCCUCCCUGCCUCCUUUUCUGACCUGCAGCCUCGCCUGUGGAAAGGCUUGUACCGGGAACAUGUGCUGUUCUCGGUUAGAGGAGGAGACCAGGAGCGUGCUGGCACCACCAGCUGAGGAAACAAAGGAAGAGCCCCAGACACUUGUCAUUGAGAACACCUUCCUCUGACUGAAAACCCUGGAAAAAAAAGUAGUUAAUGAAUGUAAAGGUAGAGGUUUGAAUGUGUAAUCUC